ACUUCAGUUCAGUAGAAGAGACCACAUCAAAUACCAUGGAGACAUCUGGAUUUGUCCAGGACAAACUAACUGAAUGGGGAUUCAGUGAGUUCAUGCAGAGAUUUAAAGAUGAAGGCAUUGACAAGGAGACGUUUCUAAACCUUGGAGAUUCCGUCCAACUCAAUUUACUGUUUCCUAGAAUUGGACCAAGAGUAAAGUUUAGAAAGAGACUCAAAGAAUGCUUACAGAUGGAGACGUGUCAUUUUGUCCAGGAUAAAUUAACUGAAUGGCAUCUCAGUGAGCUGAUUCACAGAUUUGAAGAUGAGGGUAUUGACAAAGAGGCUUUCCUAAGUCUCGAGUCAAGCAGAAUCAAUACUUUGAUUCCUAAAAUUGGACCAAGAGUAAAGUUUAAAAGGAGACUCAGAGAAUACUUACAGAACUUCAAUAGAACAAAUGAUGAUUCUGCUGACAUGAUGGAAACAAGCGCAGAGCAAGAGGACAGUCCAGAAAUGGAGCCAAACAUUUUUCCUCAGCAUUUGGAAUCUGUUUCAGCGUCUGACACACCAGAUGGCAAAGACACGAGUAACGAGCCAAUUUGCUCCAGGGCAACAGUGACUGAAGGACAAAGUCCAACCACAUUUACAAUGUUUUACUGUCAAGAGUGUAAAAACUUCAUGGGAAACAAUCCUGAUUCUUGUUGUUCUCACUGUGCCUCAGUGUUUAACAAAGCAAGCAGCAUUCAAAAUGGAAACUUCUUUCUGUACUCAUCCCUGAAAGACCUCCUGAAAGGUAUCCUUGAGAACCACAGCACUGAGUUGUUACCUAAAACAGUUAAAGAUGAACAUGAUAACAUCAAAGAUGUGAUGGAUGGGAUGAUGUACCAGAAUCUCCUCAGAGAGGGUAAACUAGCUGCAGAUGAUCUCACACUGACAUGGAAUUUUGAUGAAGUACCAAUUUUUACCACCAGAUACUCAAUUUGGCCCCUUCAGUUUGUUAUUAAUGAACUUCCUUACACACAAAGACAGGAAAAAAUGAUAGUUGCUGGAUUUUGGUUUGGCCAAGGAAAACCUCAUAUGAACACAUUUCUGAAACCAUUUGUGGAUGAAUGUUGUGAUUUAGCCCAAAAUCCAUUUCAGUGGAGAGACAGCAGAGGCACUCUUCAUUCAUCAAAAGUCUUCUGCUUGGUUUGCUCCUCUGACGCUGUGGCGAGGCCACUUCUCGAAUUGCAAACAAUUCAAUGGAGAAUAUGGCUGUGA